GCCUUAGGGUACGAUAGUAACGAGUUCAAAAUAAUUACAAUAUCUAAUUCAUUCAUUAUGAUGAUAGGAGCAUUAUGUCAACAAAGUUCAGAUAUAGAAAUGACAAGAAUUUCUACCAGAAUAAUUUUUAUUUUUGUAAUGAUAUUUAGUCUCCUUUUGUAUAACUACUAUUCGACUUCCAUAGUUUCAGCUCGUUUAGAUGAACCCAUUUACAAAAUUAAUGAUUCGCUCGUUGAAAUGGGAAAAAUGCACAUGAAAAUUGCUUCAGAAAAUAUCGUUUAUAUCGAAUACUUUUUCAGGUUACCAUAUUGGGAAACAAAAAUAUUCUUUAGAGAUCAUUGGUCGAAGGUACCGGAGUCGAAACGCUUUAUGGAUCCAGAAAUUGGUGUUCCAUUGGUUAGAAAAGGCAGCUUCGCUUAUCAUGCUCAUCCUGAAGCGAUAUAUCCAUUGAUUGACAAGUUGUUUAAUAAUCGGGAGAUUUGCGAACUAACGGAAGUACAUUUAGCUCGAAAAGCUUUCACAAUGUUUGCUGUUAACAAUAAUUGUACUUUCACGGAAAUUAUGAGAGUCGGGUUAGCAAGAUUAGUAGAAGCAGGACUUCGAGACCGUCAAUUAAAAAAAUGGCAGUAUAAAAAACCAAUAUGCCGCAAAGAUAUUCUAAAUGCAACUAGCAUAAAUAUCUAUGAAUUUACACCACAUUUGAUUCUACUCUUAAUUGGAGUAGUAAUGGCAAUCGUAGUGUACAUGGCUGAAAUUAUUAAUUUUCAUUGGGUAAGCGAACUACAGACAGAUUAUAAUAUGACAGAAACAACCAAUUAGCUCCUUAUACGGACAACCAAAAAUUACUUUACUUACUUAAAUGUGAAUAAAUG